UUGGAUUAAAAGACUCCAGGCAAUGCCGUAGUUCGUCUUUAUAUCAAACAAGCUCUUCUGACAGCAAUAAAACGAGUACUUGACAUGGUGUUUUCUUGGCGAGGAGGCCCGGGAUCCCGGCGUCUGCUGCUCUCGCUUCUGCUCCUCGCAGUCUGGAAGGUCGGGAGCGGCCAGGUCCACUACUCCGUCUCCGAGGAGGCCAAACACGGCACCUUCGUGGGCCGCAUCGCGCAGGACCUGGGGCUGGAGCUGGCGGAGCUGGUGCCGCGCCUGUUCCGGGUGGCGUCCAAAGGCCGCGGGGACCUUCUGGAGGUAAAUCUGCAGAAUGGCAUUCUGUUUGUGAAUUCUCGGAUCGACCGGGAAGAGCUGUGCGGGCGGAGCCCAGAGUGUAGUUUCCACCUGGAGGUGAUCGUGGACAGGCCGCUGCAGGUUUUCCAUGUGGAGGUGGAGGUGAAAGACGUUAACGACAACCCACCGGUCUUCUCCGUCUCAGAACAAAAGCUCUCAAUACCCGAAUCUCGACUGCUUGACUCUCGGUUUCCGCUAGAAGGCGCAUCUGACGCGGAUGUUGGAGAGAACGCAAUGCUUACUUACAGACUCAGUCCAAAUGAGUUUUUCGUUCUUGAUGUUAUAAACAAAAAAGACAAAGGCAAAUUCCCAGUGCUUGUUCUACGAAAACUGCUGGAUCGUGAAGAAAAUCCUCAGCUUCAGUUGUUAUUAACGGCAACGGAUGGAGGCAAACCUGAACUUAUGGGAUCUGUUUCUCUGCUGAUCCUGGUAUUGGAUGCCAAUGAUAAUGCCCCUAUAUUUGACCGAUCCCUUUAUGAAGUCAAGAUGUAUGAAAAUUCAGCGAACCAAACGUUAGUAAUAUGGCUAAAUGCUUCUGAUGCGGAUGAAGGGUUAAACAAAGAAAUGAUGUAUUCAUUUAGCUCUUUGGUCUCACCUAGCAUAAGAAGGAAAUUUCUAAUGAAUGAAAGGACAGGAGAAAUAAGAGUAAAUGAUGCUAUUGACUUUGAGGAUAGUAACACUUACGAAAUUCAUGUAGAUGUUACAGAUAAAGGAAUCCCACCGAUGGUUGGUCACUGCACCGUCCUAGUGGAAAUCCUGGAUGAAAAUGAUAAUUCGCCUGAGGUGGCUGUCACUUCUUUGACUCUCCCGGUGCGAGAGGAUGCUCAGGUGGGCACCGUCAUCGCCUUAAUCAGCGUGUCCGACCGUGACUCUGGCACCAACGGCCAGGUGACCUGCUCACUAACACCCCAUGUCCCCUUCAAGCUCGUGUCCACCUUCAAGAAUUACUAUUCGCUGUUGCUGGACAGCGCCUUGGACCGCGAGAGCGUGGCGAACUACGAGGUGGAGGUGAUAGCGCGGGACGGGGGCUCGCCUUCUCUGUCGGCCACCGCCAGCGUGUCCGUGGAGGUGGCCGACGUGAACGACAACGCGCCGGCGUUCGCGCAGCCCGAGUACAUGGUGUUCGUGAAGGAGAACAACCCGCCCGGCUGCCACAUCUUCACGGUGUCUGCGCGGGACGCGGACGCGCAGGAGAACGCGCGGGUGUCCUACUCGCUGGUGGAGCGGCGGGUGGGCGAGCGCGCGCUGUCGAGCUACGUGUCGGUGCACGCGGAGAGCGGCAAGGUGUACGCGCUGCAGCCGCUGGACCACGAGGAGCUGGAGCCGCUGCAGUUCCAGGUGAGCGCGCGCGACGCGGGCGUGCCGCCUCUGGGCAGCAACGUGACGCUGCAGGUGUUCGUGCUGGACGAGAACGACAACGCGCCCGCGCUGCUGCCGCCUGGGGCGGGCGGCGGGGGCGGCGCGGUGAGCGAGCUGGUGGCGCGGUCGGUGGGCGCGGGCCACGUGGUGGCGAAGGUGCGCGCGGUGGACGCGGACUCGGGCUACAACGCGUGGCUGUCUUAUGAGCUGCUGCCGGCGGCGGGUGGCGUGCGGAGCCCUUUCCGCGUGGGGCUGUACACGGGCGAGAUCAGCACGACUCGCGCCCUGGACGAGGCGGACUUGCCGCGCCAGCGCCUGCUGGUGCUGGUGAAGGACCAUGGCGAGCCGGCGCUGACGGCCACGGCCACCGUGCUACUGUCCCUGGUAGAGAGCGGCCAGGUGCCUAAGGCCUCGUCGCGGGCGUCGAAGGGCACCACCGACCCAGAGGUGACUCUGGUGGAUGUCAACGUGUAUCUGAUCGUCGCCAUCUGUGCGGUGUCCAGCCUGUUGGUGCUCACGCUGCUGCUGUACACGGCGCUGCGGUGCUCGGCGCCGCCGACUGAGGGCGCAUGCGUACCCGGGAAGCCCAGGCUUGUGUGCUCCAGCGCGAUGGAGAGUUGGUCUUACUCACAGCAGAGGCGGCAGAAGGUGUGUUCUGGGGAGGGGCCGCCCAAGACCGACCUCAUGGCCUUCAGUCCCAGCCUUCCACCGUGUUCAGUACUCGAUGCGAAAGUGGAAGAACAGUCAAUUGGAGGGGACCAAUCUAGGAAGGAGAGGAUAACAGAAGAAAAUUACGAUGAUUUCCGGACCAGAAAGACUCUUCAGUGA